UACAGGCAUUUAAAGCUGAUGACGAUUACGAAGGCUUCAGUUACCGUAAAUGCUGUUCAGACGCGUAGAUGUUGUCAAAUAAGGCGCUGGGCAAGACGUAUUUUGAACGCUUUUCUGAGUGACGUUGGAUAAUACAAGGACAUCUACGUUUCUGUUUCCACACAGCGCAGAUUAAUUUGCGCACAAGGACAGUUUACACUGGGCACAGUCUUCAUGGACUUAAAACACAGUUAACACAGUUAACUCGCAGACAACGGAGCGGGGACGGAGAAACACUACAGCCGAAUCCAGAGGACAAUGUCCAGCACUACAAGACGAGGAAUCCAGGAAAACGGGAUCUAGGGAUCAGAGCCGGAAACGCGCAACUUGUAGAAUGUGGAAGACAUGCGCAGAGCUGUCUAGACCAGAGGCCGUCAAAAUUCUCGCUAGAUCCGACAUGAUUGGCCAUGGGGGUCUUAACCAACUAGGCGGCAUGUUUGUGAACGGACGGCCUCUCCCGGAGAUGAUCCGGCAGCGCAUCGUGGACAUGGCGCACCAGGGCAUCCGCCCCUGCGACAUCUCCCGCCAACUGAGGGUCAGCCACGGCUGCGUCAGCAAGAUCCUGGGCCGGUAUUAUGAGACGGGUAGCAUCAAGCCGGGGGUGAUUGGCGGUUCCAAGCCCAAGGUGGCCACGCCCAAGGUGGUGGAGAAGAUCGGGGAGUACAAGCGGCAGAACCCCACCAUGUUCGCCUGGGAGAUUCGAGACAGGCUGCUGGCGGAGGGGGUGUGCGACAGCGACACCGUGCCCAGCGUCAGCUCCAUCAACAGGAUCAUCAGGACCAAAGUGCAGCAGCCGUUCAACCUGCCGCUGGAGGGGAAGGGCCUCAGUCCAGGACACGUGCUCAUCCCCAGUUCGGCAGUCACCCCUCCAGAGUCUCCCCAUUCGGACUCUCUGGGCUCCACGUACUCUAUCAGUGGCCUGCUGGGGCUCCCACAGGCUGGAGCCGAGAGCAAGAGGAGCCACGACGACAGCGACCAGGAGAGCUGCCGGCACAGCAUCGACUCGCAGGGCAGCGGGGGCGGCCCCAGGAAGCAGCUCCGCCCGGAGCACUUCCCCUCCCAGCACCUGGACUGCGGGUUCGAGCGCCCCCACUACCCCUCCGACGCCUUCGUCCCCCCCGGGAAGACCGAGCAGGCUCUGUAUUCUCUCUCGCUCAUCAACGGAACCCUGGAAGAGGGGAAAGUCGGCCUCUCAGCAUCGAGCGCCGCCAUUGGUCGGAACCUGACCGCGCACCAGGGCUACGCUGUAGUGACCGACCCCCACAGGCCCCUCCCACUUUGUCUGAAACAGGAACUGUCCCCCGAGGCGACUAGCUCCAGCCCCUCCCCAAACGUGGCGCCAAACCCCGCCUUCCUGGAGCUGCAGCCAAUCCCGGCCCCUGCCCCUAUCGGUGGCGGCUGCGGGGGCUCCUCCCAUUUCUCGCAUGCCUUCAACUCAUUCUCCCAUCAUGCUCCUGUCUACGGGCAGUUCACCAGCCAGCCAAUCUUAGCAGGGCGGGACAUGGUGAGCUCCACCCUCCCCGGAUACCCCCCACACAUCCCCUCCAGUGGCCAGACGGGUUACUCCUCUGCCGCCAUCACCGGCAUGGUGACAGGAGCAGAUUACUCUGGUCAGGCCUACACACCAUACAGUGAAGCUUGGAGGUUCAGCAACUCCAGUAUCCUGGGCUCACCCUAUUACUACAACUCGGCCUCACGGACCGCUCCCUCCUCAGCCACGGCCUACGACCACCUUUAGUAACUGCGGAAACGCCCCACCCUGACAGGGGGGACAGACCCGGAGGUUUUCCGGCUAAGGGUACGAUCACGGAGCGAGUGCGAAAGUCUGCCGCUGUUUACCCGCCAUUUUGUCAGAGAGGUAGCGGGAGAGGGAAGAAGCCGUCGCCGGGACCACAAGAGGUGCCAGAGCGCGAGAGCUCGUUCGGAGGCCAAACCCCGGCUGAAGGUCGACGGACGGCAGUCCUCGCGUCACCUCCCCAAUUUUUAUUAGCCUGCACAAUAUAUCCCCUUAGGUCUUUACCGCGCCUCGUCCUGAAACCCGUUCACCGAGGCGCUCCCGCCAGGUAACCUGAGGUGAAGCGCCUCGCUCGUUUCCACCCGGCGGCCAUUUCCCACCUGGCGUUUUUUUAAGAGCGACUUUCAAACCCCCGAAACCAUAACUCCGCUCCGCACCGCCGCGCGGCUGACUCUCUCUCUCUUAAGUGCCGUCCGGGCGGCCAAAGCCCUCGACGCGGCAUUGCAGAGCCGGCUUUACUGCGGCCGCCCAAGGCAACGGGGAUGACGGCCGCUUAAAUCACGGAGGGAUUCAUUCAAGCUGCAGCGCGCAGCCCGGCUGCAUCCCUGCUGACUGAAACGGUCUCCAUCCCUCGACGGACGGCGAUCGGCGGCGGCCAUCUUGGCUCUGCUGUCACUAUGGUUUUUUUUUUUGUUUCCCCCAAAGACGCUGGCCAAGAACCUGUCGCUUGUGACUCAGUGUGACUCAGUUAAACUCUUCAUUCGUUGCAGCAGCGGAAGGACGUCUCAGCGCAGGAGAAGCAAGCCUAAAAGUGGGCAGCAGAUCUGCAUACGGCAGAGGGACUGUAAAAGCCCACACCCCCGAUAAUGAUCCCCCUCAGACACUUCGCCACGCGGGGGGUGUGUAACUCCGCCCCCCGCAGUCACAGCGGGAGUUUUGGAGUUACGGAGGAUUACAAGCUGUUCCCCCAGCAAUCCCCCGCCUCGCCAGCCAAUGCCUCUGCUCCAGGGGCGAGAGUCGAACCCCUUCCAGCGGCAAACGGAAACUAAAGCUGGGGAAUGAUUACGUUCUCUUGGCCGUCUGUCAAUAAAGUGAGCGUCCCCAUCCCUGCGUGUGUGUGUGUGUACGUGUGUGUGUGUGUGUGUGUGUGUGUAAGUGUGUGUGUGUGUGCGUGCGUGUAAGUGUGUGUGUUUUCUCUACAGUUUUCUGGUACAUUCAGGCGACUACUGCGGGAGCCAGUAGUGAGAAAUCUGCAUGCUAUAAAGUCAACAUUCACCCCUUGACUCCGUCAAAAUGAAUUUCAUACUUUAAGUUGCCGAUAAAACCACCACCGUUACACGUUGUAUUUGCACAGCAGAAGGCCCUGGGCGACUGACAUUUCGACGCUCGCUGAAGCAGUUCCAAGUUAAAAGACUUUCGCUGCCCCGCCCGGGACUCAAACCCGCAAUCCCUCGGGGACAAAGCCAACCUUUCUAACCGCUAAACCGCCCAGUGCGACGGCAAAUAUCAUUUUCGGAUUCUGACACGCCACUUCCUCGCUAAAGUAUAUUAAGUACAAAUAGUACGAGAACAGAACAAAAGACUGAGCAAAAGAAGAGCGAGGAUGAUCGGUGUGUGGGCGCUACAGACACAAUCGCUGCUGCAGUUUCGUUUCUGGUCUGAAUCUACAGUGUUAAUGUUCACUGUGGGAACUGCUACCAUAACAGAAUCUGUGCUCACACACACGCACGUUUUCCCUUCGCAGAAUUCAAGGAGGCCCAUGACUUGUGUUAAAAGUGCAUUAUUUUUUUGGCAAUAUGUACAGCAUACAGUGUAAACGGCAAAUAACGUUUGGGAGAGAUAAGCAAUUUUACUUACAAGGAUGACCUUUUAGCUAGGCAAGGUGGUGACAAAUGAGACAAAUAUGCAAAAAAAAAAAAAAA